AUGUCAAGUAGAGAUUAUCAAAGUUGCACAAAAACAACCACAACAAGAGAGAAUAAAGAUGGUUCAACAACAACAACAACUACUACUAAGCCAUGUGACAGAGAUGACUGUCCUACUAAAAAGGAGGGUAACAAUACUCAUUAUUAA